UUCGUCUUGUAGUUUUAUUUUCAUAUUGUAUGUGUUAGAGUUUAUUUGGAAGAGCGUGCAAGUGCAAAAAUGUCUUCUCGUAAUAAAAAGAUAUUUGAUUUAUUGAAGAAACACAAUCUAGAUGAAUCUUCUCAAUUAUCGGUAAGGUUUGAUAAUUUUAAUAAUUAUGGUUCAUUUUCUGAUAAAAAAAAAAACAUAAAAAGGCACCGACUCGAAGGAUUGACCAGGAUAUGCCAGCUGAUUUGCUUUGUAAACAAGAUAAUCAUCAGUGCAUUGAGGCUGAAGAUCUAAAUGUCUCAGCGACCCUUGAAAGUCCUCAGUUGCCGAACAGUAGUCCUCUAAGUUCUUACAAUCCCUGUCAACUUUUGCUCAAUCAAAGUGAUACUCAAGUUCAUCUUCCUGAUCAAAAUGCAAACUGCAAUGAUCCUCAUACAAUAAACGUAAUCAUGCAGCUGAUGGAUUAUAAGUAAAUGUAGAGCUCUUUUUUCCAAACUCCCAGAUGAACAUAAAAUCACUGAAAUUUGUCAGAUAGACAUGGUUUAUGGUCUUCUUCAUUAUCGUAUUAGAAAAAGAGUCAAUAGAGAUGAUGUUCAAAAUUUUAAUGAUUUAUUACAAUUAACCAGAGCAGUAGAGAGAACACUAGGAGAAAAAGAACCAAAAGAAUCAAAAUCUGUUGAAAAAGCAAGAAAGGCAGGUUUACACUGUGUAUAUUGCAAAAAUUAUGGACACACAAAAGAUAUUUGUAGAAAAUUAAAAAGAAAUCAAGACACAAGAGUAAAACAAGAAACUCCCAACCCUAUUCAAGCAAGUGGUUCAAAAAUGGAAGAAACUGUUAAUAGUACUUCUACACUAACAUGUUAUGGUUGUGGAAAGAAAGGAUUCAUUAAGAGCAACUGUCCAGAUUGUAGAAAACAGAACAGUAAAAAUAACAAUGUUAUUACCACAGCAAGAAUUGCAGAGUUUUAUACGGAACAAUAUAACAGUGACUCCAGAUUUCAACCGUUAGUAUCUGUUGAAAUGUUGGGACAGACAAGUGUUGCAUGUAUUGACACAGGAGCAAGAGGAAGCCUAGCAGAUCCUCAUACAAUAAACGUAAUCAUGCAGCUGAUGGAUCAUGCACAACCUGCUAGACAAAGGACGCAUUUUGUAUGGUGAUAAUUUCUAUUCAAGUGUUCCAUUAGUGAAAAAAUUACAGGCAAGAAAAACUUUUUACUGUGGGACUCUUAGAUCGAAUAGAAGAUCUUGGUGUUCCAAAAGAAUUCGUGCACCAGAAAAUUUCAAAAAAUGAAGUAUCAGGAGUUCAUAACGGAAAUGGAAUAAAAAUUAUCAAAUGGCAAGACAAAAGACCUAUAUUAAUGAUUUCCAAUAAAAGAGAUCAUGAUAUUAGCCUUACGGAUACGGGUAAAAAAAUAGACAAUCACAUACAAUUUUGAAGCCGAAAUGUAUUACAGACUACAAUAAAGCUAAGAAAGGGGUAGAUUUAAGCGAUCAAAUGUAGUCGUAUUACACUUCUUUAAGAAAGGGACUGAAAUGGUAUAGAAAGACUGCGUUUGAGUUAAUAUUAGGUACAACUGUGGUUAAUUCUCAGGUUGUUUACAAUCAUGUAAAUAAAAACAAUAUGGAACAAACUGCACUCAACAUGUUACAGUUCAGAGAAACUUUGGCAUUCGCUUUAGUUGACCAAGGUGUAAAGAACUCUAGUUCAAUUCACACACCUAAAAGAAUACACACAUUUUAUAUUGAUAAAGGUCCCAACAAGAAACGGAGGAACUGUAUAGGUUGCUAUCAAAAACUAAGGGUCACAUUAUCAAGUCGGGAAGCUGAUAAAAAAGUGCCCAAAGUAACAAGUUACUGCACAGAUUGUGAUAAAAAGCCAGCGAUGUGUUUAACAUGCUUUAACGAAAAGCAUUCUAAAUAAAAGUUCAUGUUUUUAAGUUGUUUUUUUUUGGAUAUUGUUUAUGAAUGUUUGUAUAACUAUGAGAAAAUAAAGUUUUUUUCUUUAUGCAGAUUUUGGUAUUUUUCUUUUAUUUUGCUUCUGGCGAUUUAAAACGUUAAUAGAUUACAUAUUUUUUUAACCGAAUUUAAGAAAAAACAACACAUUGUUUUGUUAAAAAUAUGUAAAUAGUGGGAAAAAUUGACGUCAGACGUACCAGACAUAUACGUCUUGUAUCGCCGCAAUGGAAUUGACAGGUAUCGGACGUAUUUAUCUGGUAUAUUUGUUUUUAGAAAGGAAAACAAAAUUGAAGCCGCAGUGAACGUGUUAAAGAUUUAUUUACAUGACUACAAAUAAAUAAAAUUUUAGGAUACUUCGGCAUUUGUUUUAUUUCUGAUAUCUACCCGGCAAUUUCUUAUUUAAUGUUAUUAGAAAUAAAAUUUUAGGGUUAUUACAUAUAUGUUUUAUUUUUGAUACAUACCCCCGUUACUUAUAUUAGUAAUGAGGGUAGGUACUUAUAUUAGCGUGCAACGUAGACUAGCCC